CGCGUCACACACACACACCGUCCGGAUCUCCGGCGGAGGCGUUCAAGUUAACCGUUGUCGUUACCUGCUGUAGUAAUUGUAUUAUUAAACGAAAAUAUUAUAAUUAUAAUAAAUUACACAUCAAUACCGCAGGAAGACCACGACUUGCGAAGACGACGGAAGAGUUGAAAUCAAAUUUUUGUAAAAGUUUCGUAGCCAGUCCGUAGUAUUCAAAGGCCUGUCUGCAGCGUGUAUUACACAGCAUGUGAUAUACUAAAGUUGUACGGAACCACGCGCAAGCUCAAAAACACCGACGCGAACUCCGCGCGCUACUUGCCGCCGCCGUUUUCAGCGUUUUAUCGUCGGAAAUAUAACGGGAUUCGAUCACACGGCGAGGAAUCGUUUUUGUGCCAGCAGUACGCGGCACGGUGAUCAUCGGGCAGUCAUGUCACCGCAGCCGUCGCCGCACUUCAAUCACCAACAAUCACCGCAGUACGCCUCCCGCAACGACGACGGUGACGACUACAGCUGCAGUUGUUACAACCACUCUAGCCCGUUUUCCGGUACCCCAAGCGUCGCCGACCCAACAAUCGCCGGUCAACAGUUUUCCGGCGCAGUCCCGAUAACUUCCGGUUCGCCGCGCCGAUGACGGCGUUAUCAUGACCGACCGCCGGUACAGCGGCAGCUGCGGAAGCAGCAGCAGCGACAACAGCGACAACAGCUACAACGGCUAUAACGGCAACAACGGCUACAACGGCAACAACGACUACAGCAGCAGCAACGGCUACAGGUGCGGGAUCAAAACGCAACUGCAUGCACCGUCGUCGGGCCGAUGUAACGACCACUACAACAACAACAACAACAACAACAACAAUAUUUGCAAAACCGGGGUCGCCCGACCGGCCGCCAUGCACGUGAAGAAGACGUGGAAGACCGCCGCGGUGAUGUUCCUGGCCGUGGCCACCGUCUCCACGGUCACCGCGGCGUUUUACUUCAAUUACGCGGCGACCGCGUGCUGCGCGUUGGCCCCGCAGUCGUCUUCGUCGCUGCUGCAGGAACCGUCCAACGCCGCGGCCGCGAACAACGGUCCAGACCGGUCCAAGUCGGUCGGUUCUUCGGUACCACGCACGUCCAAGCUGUACGCCGUGUGCGAGAUCCGCGAUCACCUACGCAGCCCCGCCGACCGGGAUAAAUUUAGCCGCAAUCGGCGACAAACUGUUGACAGCACAAGCAGUACCGUCGAUAAGAACCCAGCAAAUAAAUACACUAACAAUGUGGAGAGUGAUACUGCCCGUAACGGUGACAAAGGGAACGAUACCUCUCUCAUUUAUUUCAUUACGCCUACAUAUCCACGAAGAGAGCAAAUUGCCGAGCUCACAAGAUUAGGUCAGACAUUAAUGCAUGUCUCCCGACUUUAUUGGAUAGUAGCGGACGACCGACCCGACUGCAGUCUACAAAUAAUGAACCUACUACCAGAUUUCAGCAUUCCUUAUACGUAUAUUGCCAGCCCUAUGCCAUCGAUAUAUAAACGUGACCCAGACGCCAUGCCCCGUGGUGUUUCUAACCGUAGAGCUGCUCUCAACUGGAUAAGACUGAACCACAACAUUAAUGACUCGAACGCUGUAAUUUAUUUUGGUGAUGAUGACAACACGUUCCAUUUGGAUCUUUUUAAGGAAAUACGUACCACAAAGAAAAUAUCAAUGUUCCCGGUUGGCUUGGUUGGAGAGUAUGGUGUUAGCUCACCGAUUAUUGAUAAAGGAAAAGUAGUUGGCUUUUUUGAUAGCUGGCCAGCAAAAAGAAAAUUUCCAGUAGACAUGGCUGGAUUUGCUAUUAAUGUUCAACUUUUAUUCAAAUACCCUUAUGCAACUAUGCCAUAUAAGGCGGGUUUUGAAGAAGACCGUUUUUUGUCAGCACUGGCUAUUCGAUUAGAUGAAAUUGAACCAAAAGCAGAAAAUUGUACAAGGAUUUUGGUUUGGCACACUCAGACAGCAAAGAAACCUAAGCCAAUAGUCAUGGUCAAAUCCAAAGCAGCAUUGCCUGGUUCACUGGCUACUCUACUCGAUCAAGUGACUAUGUUAGGUAUAGGUGGAGUGAGCGAAACAACAGGUGUUCGCAGUUAUAUGACAAAAAAUGGUAAUAUUUUUAGGGUAUAA